AUGCCUCUAUUUCAUCUCCCGGUCGAGAUAGUCGAGCUUGUAUUCGACGAAAUCGUCAUCUCGCACAACUUUGUGCGUGUAAUGCGAACCCGCCUUGUCAACAGCCAAUUCAAACGCUUCAUUGAUAGUUCUAUCUUCCGUCUCGGUAUCCUAUGUGAUCAGCUCAACACCAAUGACUACUCAUUGCAGCUGGGGAUGUGUUCGCCACGAGAGUCGCUUCCCUAUAUUCACUCUUAUGUGAUGUAUCGGGUUUUAAGAGAGCAACCCACAGCAGCAACCUGCCUCGGCCGUAUCAGGCAUGCUGGACAAGUUCUGGGUGGAUCAGAUGACGACUUAGAAUGUCUCAGCUCUCUCGUUAGCCUUGCCCUCGCGUGCAAUAAGCGGGCAACGGUAGUCAAUGCGUACAGCGCGUUGGGCGACACAGGGGUGGACGUCUUCGUUGCUGCUGCCUAUCUCGGACGGAAGGAUUAUGUUUCUUCAAAACUAAUCACGAAGAAUAUUGCAUCCGGCGGUCGUUUCAGUUUAAAAUCGAUUCAUAGCAAAGUCUUCGGCUCUCCACUGAGAGCUGCUACAGUACAGGGAAAUCUUGAAAUGAUCAAACUACUCCUCUCGCAUGAUUCCCCAGGCAAUAUUCUAGGCACCAAUUCCGCGUCUUUGCUUCACGGAAACAGCAGCCAUAAAGAGCGAGGGAAUACUUGUGAUCACGAACCCGUGUUCAAUUUCAUUUUCGACAUGAUGCUAAGAUCCCGGGCCCAUUUCGGAGACCGCCCGCCAUUUGUUUGGGCUCUUGGCGACGCAUUAUCCCACGCCGCGACCCCAAAAAGCUUUGAGCGAGCUCUUGCUCUAUUACCGCCGUCUCUUGGCUCUUCUACCGAGAAGCUGCAAGCGGCGCUCUUGAGAAGCGUGAAAAAUGGAAAGAUCAUGAUGGUGGGCCAUUUGCUCAAUAAGGGUGUCUCGCCGAACCUUGAUGAUACGUACCCAACACCACUCAUGGAGGCUAUCAGGAAUGGCGAUGACCUAAUUUUCAAGAUGCUCUUGGAUUUUGGCGCAGAUCCCGCUCCUCAAACGAUGCUCUUGAAUCGUGGCCCAGGCUCCGCUCAGCAAAUGAACAGUCCGUUGAUGACAGCUGUAUGGCUGGGUCGGCUGGCUAUGGCCAAAACCCUACUUGAUCGCGGUGUGGACCCCAAUGACGGUUAUCCGGCCCCAAUCGUUUUGGCGCUAUACAAAGAACGUCUAGACAUAUUCCGACUUUUAAAGGAUCAUGGUGCUAGGCUUGACAAACUCGAGACAGGCACCUUUGCCAUGCUGAUAGCCGAGCGCCACGGCCUGUCGUCGAUGCAAGAUGUCUUGUUCCGUGAGGGCGUGAGUUCAGAACAUGACGUAUCGUUGGAAGAUAUCUUGUUGCAUAAGGGGUUAAACCCAGAGUAUGACCUCUCGAUGCAAGAGGCCUCGUUUUAUGAUAACUUAUUGUAA